UUUCUACUUUUCAGCACGUUUUUGUGUUAUUUUAUUUUCAAGCUGCAGUUUAAUAACAUAACACUCAGAAAAAGGUUAAGAAAAACGAAUUUAAAAUAACAUUUUAAAGUUCAGUUAGUAGCACUUGCAGACUUUGCAACUCGCACGCAUCUCUCACGGCACGACACACUUGAAUUUAAUUCGCGGUCUCUACUUCCUCUCAGAUAUUCUAGCAUGGUGUAUAGAUUACUCUGCUUUACUCGCAGCGUUCAUUCAAUAUCCAAGAUUUCCAAAAGUAACAAAAUGAAUCUUGAUAAAUGCUACUUUAGAUAUAUUGAGAACCAAGACAAGGUUGAUAUUUGUUUUAUAAUGAAAAUUAAAGAUACUACCAGACAGUUUAAUCUAAAUCGACAUUCGUCUGAAUCAUUACAAACUUUAUGUGGUCGUAUUGCAACAAAUGUGCAAAAGAUAUUGUGCAAAAAGUCUAAGAAAAAGGAUUUAGUUGAUGCCAAUGUGGUUACUGUGAGCAUGUUCGAUGAGAAUAAACAUCCAUUACCACAAGAUAUCUCUUGUUUGAGUAUAUUUGAUUACAAGUCUAAUAUAAAACUAAAAAUAAGUGAACAAGUUUUUGACAUAGUUUUCAAUGCACCUUGGGUAACAAGCUUAAGUUUACCAAAAAGUAUUCUCGUGGGUUUUCCUGUGUACCCAGAAUAUUUUGAGACAAUGUACACUGAUAAAAGCAACUCUUCUUUUAAUUGGUACAGAGGAAAAGGAAAGAAUGAUAAAGGACAUGAAACUUCUGACAUACACAUAAAAUGGGAAUUUUUAGAGAAUAGCUUUUAUUAUAUUCCCAGAUCAGAAGCUGUAGGUAUGAAAUUGAAAUUAGAAUGCAUACCAGGUAAUAGUACUUGUGUGGGGCCAGCUGUAGAAGAAAUAUCAAAAAAUGUUGUUGAAGCUGGGCCAGGUCAUUGCCCCUUUGAGACAAGGCAGUUAUUUACUUCAUCAAAGCUAAAUGAUGAAAGCUUUCGGUGUGUUUCUUACAAUAUACUAGCAGAUUUAUACUGUGACUCAGAUUUUACUAGAACAGUUUUGCAUCCAUAUUGUCCACCAUAUGCGCUUCACAUUGAUUACCGCAAGAAUCUUUUACUCAAAGAGAUUACUGGUUACAAUGCUGAUGUUGUUUGCCUUCAAGAAGUGGGCAAGAAAAUAUUUCUUAACUGCUUAAAGCCAUUCUUGGAAUUUAAUGGCCUUGAUGGAGAAUUUUAUCAAAAGGGCAAAACAGUUUCUGAGGGUUUGGCUUGUUUUUAUAGAAAAGACAGAUUUAGAUUGAUAGAGGACAGCAGUAUAUUAUUAGCUGAUGCAAUAAAACAAGAAUCCUAUUUAAAACCAAUUUGGCACCACUUGGAAAGUAAUGCACCAUUAGUAGAAAGGUUACUAGAUCGAUCUACAGUGGCAAGUGCUUCAGUUUUACAAUUUUGUGAUUACCCAGAUGAGGUACUGCUUAUUGGCAAUACUCAUUUAUACUUCCACCCUGAUGCUGAUCACAUAAGAUUGAUACAGGGUGGUAUUGUUAUUUACUGGCUGCAGCACCUAAAGGAUGAUUUGCAGAAAAGGUUGCCAAAUAAGAGAAUUUCUGUAAUGCUUUUUGGGGACUUUAACAGUGUCCCAUCAUGUGGCAUUUACAAGCUUUACACAACUGGAAUCGCACCUGACACUUUACCUGACUGGAAAUCAAAUGAGAAAGAAGCUGUAACUGGCUUAAAUCUUACACAGAACAUUCAACUUGCUAGUGCUUGUGGAACUCCUGAAUUCACAAAUUUUACCGAGGGAUUUGCUGACUGCCUUGAUUAUAUUUUUUAUGAAAAAAAUAAUUUAGAAGUACAACAGGUUGUUCCAUUUCCUAGCAAUGAAGAACUACGCGCCCAUGUUGCACUGCCUAGUAUUGUUUUUCCAUCUGAUCACAUCGCUAUUAUAUCAGAUUUAAAAAUAAAGUGCAACCAUGAAUCAGUUUAUGUAAAAAAAUAAAGUCCAAUCAAAUUAUGUAAAUCUACCAUACAAAAGUUGACCAUAUUGAAUGGCAGAGCAGUCCGUGAAGUUUGUAAAUAGGGGGUAUUACAUUA